CAUCCAAACACACCUUCUGGUGGAACCCACCCCAUCUUCCUACCACUCUAACUUGUCCCCACCAAUUAUUUUCGUCCCGUUCGCCCAAUUUUUGGGUCCCACCGCAAUCUUUCGCGCGCAUGCCCUAAAUUGCGAUGAUAGCACUCGUUCACUCCCUCUCGCUUCUCCAAUCAACAACCCCUAUCCAGCUGUAUUCGCAAUCGACGGCCCACAUUGUCCAUCUCCCCAUCAUCCAUCACCACAUCAUAAAUCCAACGGUGAAAGUUCAUUUAAAGAGUUACACGUGUCUAUGUUGUCAGUGUCCAGUCAACCGUGCCUCGAGCUAAUAAAAUUUAGAUGCCCCGCUCUCUCUAUUUCUUGUCUGUAAAGUAAAGCGUCUUUUUCUUUUUCUCAGUUUCCGAACUCCAUUAAUACACCCUUUUUCUUACUUUUUUCGUUUCUUUCUUUUUCUCUUGACUUAGGGUUUAUUAUUUAUUAUUCGUUCUUUUCCUUCAUUGCCUAUGUGAUAUUCCUUCGCUUUAUACUGUUUAGUUACUGUAAAGCUGAGGUGUGAAGGGACAUUGCAGCGUUCCAUCGUUGAGAGUUGUUUUACUGGUUUCUUUAGGGUUCUUUCGCGGUGAUUUCUAUGAUUUUAAUAGAGAAGGGUUAGGGUUUGUAGAAUAUCGAGGGAUGGAUAACUCUUGGCGGAUCAAAUUUGAUUCUACAUUGCCGUCAUCGGUGCCUUCAAUGGCUUCAUCGGCUCAGAUGGAGAUGAAUUCUGGGCAGUAUUUUCACGAACAUGCUACACAAGAUUUAAGUCCAACAUUGCAUGAAAGAAUGCCCGACUCCAUGCCUUCCAACUAUUCAAACUUAUGUUCCCAUAAAUCAAAUCAUUCUGAGCUGGAAAAUUCAUUUCUAGCUCUUCUAUCUGGGCCACCAUCACUUUUACAGUGUGAUUUUCUGGAAUUGUCAAGUCGAAAAGUAUUCAAUGCCUCUAGAAGUGUUAAUAUCAAUGAUUUUGGAAGUGAAAUUCCACGAACCUCUGGUGCCUUGCUAUCAGAAAAUCUGAGCAAUCAAAAUACACAAACUGGGGCAAAUUGCUCUGCUGUUACAUCUAGCUUGGUAUCAAGUUCCACGAGUUGCUGUGUUUCAGUUUUGCAUGGAAGCCUUCAUGCAUCUAACUUAAAUCUUCAGACUUCAGAUCUGGCCAAAGUAGUCAAUUGUCACAUGCUUCCUGGUACUGAGAAGGUAAAGGACUUUGCUACCUUGAAAGGGGAUUGCUAUGUUACCAGUUGUGCAAAGGCUGGGAAUCCCCAUAGCAAAAAUAUCCAGAUGUCACCAAAGAUACCUGAAGAAUCAAACUCUUUUAUAUCUGAUCAGCCAUCAACUAUAUUAAGUGGGUGCCCUCGUGUGUUCUGUUUAGGUACAGGUGGAUAUCUGCUUCUCAGCAAUACAGGACUUCUUGGCAUUGUUUGCUCAUGUCAUUUUUUUCACACCUCUGUCUCCAAGUUUUGUGAGCAUUCAGGAUUAUGUGAUAUGAACCCUGGGGAUGCUGUUCGUAUGGAAAGUGGAGAGAACAUUGCACAGUGGCGGAAGCUCUACUUUGAGAAAUUUAGGAUCAGGGUUCCGGAAGAUCACAGUGGAUGGGACUGGCCUGAAGGAUUGUUACCAACUACUGCUUUGGUGAAAUCUGGUGCAUCCAUGCCCAAAAUAUCUAACACUUCUCACAUGGCUAAUCCAGUUGGUUCAUCUCAAGGUUUGUCAAGGUGCGUAGACAAUGCCAUGUUCCCGAGUAAUCCUUUCACAAGCCGGAAUUGUGCUACUGGUCUCUUACAUAACAAACAGGAGCAAAAAACUGGGAGUAGUAGUAACUUUCUUCUCAAACGUUUUGGUGCUUCCCAAUGCAAUUUGCAUGAUGUGGCUGAUGGCCAGAGAAUGGAGUGUGCUGUCUCAAAGAGUCCAACAAUGUCAGCAUUUGUUGGUAGGGAUUCAGAUAAUGGUUGUCAGUCCAUGUCUGCUUGGAUUGAUUCAAUUUUGAAGACUGGAAACUCAUCACUCACCCGCUCUAGUUUGCAAAAUUUAAGAACCCUGGAUCAAAAUUAUGAUGUCACUGCAGCUAAAAUCACAGAUGGUUUAAUAUCUAGGAGAGAUGCCGCUUCCUCAAGCAUGGAGUUAAAGCUUGGGCAACCAUAUCAAACGAGUCAGCCUUUAGGAAACUCUGCUCUACCAGUCAUUGCACCCAAACAUUUUAACACAGUUGUUGAUCCUUGUAAGUCAAGCUAUCCUGAGCAGAUGGUUGAUUGUGCAACCUUUUGUGGGGAUGAGGAAUCGAGGCGAUAUUGUCAUCAUGAUGCAGACUCUUCCAACCCCAUUGCAAGAAGACAACGAAGCCAGUUGAACCUUGGCAACCAUGCAUUUGCCGUCAACAAUCUUGUGGAUGCUAACAAACUAGAAAGCAGAGGUGAUGCCGCCAAGAGUGUAGUAGUUCCCCUACUUAAAGAGCUACCACUGGAAGGGAGUGCAUGCUCUAGAGGUACUAAUAAUAUGGUCAGUGAAUUUAGCAUGCCAAAGACAUUUCAUUUUGGAUCUAAUACUACCAAGUGUGACCCACUAAAUGCUCCCUUGAAAAUUGGAAAUAAUUUUGGGGGACAGUUGAAUAUGCCUGAGUUGGGUUUCUGCAGAUUAACAGAAAAAGGUAAAGGUGCAGGAUUGGAAUGUGUUUCUGGUGACUUUUCUGCUGCAACAGAUUUAGCCUUGAGAAUCCAUAAGCAGGUGGAAAAUCCUAGAAUUGUCACUGGAGUUGAGCCUGGUUUUUCAGUAGUUUAUGGCACAAAAUCAUGUCAGUCAUCUAAUAUUCCUUCAGGUAGAUUUGAUGAGAGAAGCCGUCUCAACCAUUCUAGGAACUCUUCUUUAGUUGGAAGUAGCGGACAUACUGAUCAAGCUUUUCUUGCGCUGAUGAGUUCAUAUUUGAGCUCUCGACAUGUUUCUCAACCAUCUGCUGUUUCAAUGGGCUUUCCGUUAGCUACUUCCACCUUUUCACCGGGUUCAACCUCCACCAUCUCACAACAAGAGGGCGCUUGUUCGCUUGAUGAUGGUACAAGACUACUUGCAUUGAGGCAGAUAUUGGAAUUGUCAAAGCAACAUGCAAUUUCCUCUGCUGGAAUGAGCCAUGAGCUAAAUAGAAUUUCGAAUCCUAAUGUACAACAUUCUCUUCUUGAAUCAUCAAAAUCUAGAGAAGAAAAACAUGGUUCUAUUCUUCCCAGCAGGCAGGAUGUUUUUGAAGGUGCUUCAGCAUCAGUUCCAUCUUGUGCUGCUGAAAAAUUGAUCCCCAUGACAGGGUUGAACAACCACUGUGAUUUCUUAACUUUGACUCAAGGGCAUUCACUACCUUUUAGAGAAGUUGACAUGCCAUGUCAAUAUUCUAACAAUCUUUUUCCUAAUCAGUCUUCAUUGAGGCUCAUCAGAGGUGAGAGCAUCACGCAAUCGAGUGGGCGUGCAAAAUGUUGUCAGAGAGUACCUUGUGCAUAUUUUCAGGGUGACUGCAUCUGCUCAGCCCAUGCAAAGUGCUUAGAAGGACAUUCUGAUUGUAGAGUUGGAAUAUCUCAUGUUGUCUCCAAGGAACAGGGAGGUUUCUGUUCUGGAGCUCCUAUGUCAGUUGCUUCUGAAUUUGCUAGAGAUCAUAUUAUUCCAAAAGAAAGAGCGAUUUUAUUGGAUCAAGGUGGAAAAGUGAAAGGGCAACUUCCUACGAGAAUUGCUUGUCAUUCCUCUCAGUGGAGAGAUGUUCCAAGCAAGCCAAAGGAGGCUUGUAAAAUGAUACGUUUUAAUUCAUCAACUGAAGUGGUAGAUGCAGUUGGAUGUGCUGAAAAUCAACUUGGAGAUGCUGCAGGUAUGCACAGUAGUGGAUCUGCUGUAAACAGAGCUGACUCGUUUAAGGGGCAAGAUGUGUUGAAUAUUUCUUCUGGAUGUUCCGCCCCUGCUGUCACCCAGGCAUCAAUUGAGGUUAACAAUAUGGAUUCUUCUACCAUUGAUGCUGGGGAUAAUGGAUAUAUAAAUGGUCUUAUAGUUGACGAGGGAUCUGGCAUUGAUAAAUGUUGUUCAUCAAAUGAAGCUCUUGAAAGUGAAAGAAGUGCUGAGUUUGCUGGUGUUUCUUGCAGGACUAAGAUAAGAAAUAAAGGAUCUUCCAAAAUUCUGAAUGGGCAGUCAUCUUUUAGUUUGCUUGAUGAGCUUAAACUCCUAGAUUCCUUAACAUGGAAAAAAGGUCAGAAUCAAAUUUACAUUAGCCUUUCUGGUAGUGGGAGGAGCAAUCAUUUGAAAAAAAUUAGGAGAGGCUCAAAAGCUGGGAAAAGAAAGAGAGCAGUUAAAUUUAGGAUGCUGGAUGUAUCUUUUCCUCCUAAAGUUUCUUUUCGUUAUUGUCUCAAAGAUAAUGGCUGUCCUCAGUUGCCCUCUCGUCCUUCCAAAGAUUGGCAUACCCUCAUUCCAUCAGGGUUAAAACCACAUGGGCCUACUCAUUUGAUUCAACCAGGAGAAUUGGCUUCGGCUAAAGUUUCUCAGAAAAGAGAUUUGUGUGGUGUGUAUAAUGAUCAAGAUGGUGAAGAAUAUCAGCCUGAACCGAAAGGUGAUGCCAGGUUUGGUAAAACCCGUGAAGUUUCAGAUAGAAAAAAAUUAAAGAGGGCUUGGGCUUGUGAUUCCUUUGACAAUUUAGGGGCUCCAAAACCUCUUACAACUGUUGAAAAAACUUGUAAUAGCCCUGCAGUACAUUGUUUAAAGGCAUUUUCGAGUCUUGAGGCGACUGUUUGUGAUAAGAAAGCUAGGCCUAUAGUAUGUGGAGAAUAUGGUGAAAUAUGCAGCAGAAAGUUAGCCACAGAUGAAUUGAGGCCUGCAAAAAUUGUUCCUCUUAGCAGGAUUCUUAAAAACACAGAGCAAUGUACCCUUCGAAAGAGCUGUAAACCCAAAAAUACUCUGAGGAAGUCGGAGAAGAAAAGAACAGCUAGGAGCACUGCAUACUUUGAUUUAUCUCCUGAUUUUAAGAAAGAAGAGAAUGCAGGCCAUCAUGUUUUAGUCUUUCAUGAAGUAAGUGACUGUCUUGCUGAAGAAGGUAAGAAGACAUGUCUGGGUGGAUUUAAACUAUUCGAUAACAAGUCAUUCAUCUUGGAGAAAGGGAAGGAUGAUAGAAGUGAGAAAAAUUGUUCUAUUCCAGAUGCUAUUGCUUAUAGUCGGUCAAACAAAAGAUGUAAGGAAAUUCGAAAACGCAGCCUUUAUGAGCUAACAGGAAAAGGAAAAGAGUCUGGUUCUGACUGUUAUCCCCUUACGGAGAUCCCAAAGUGCAUGCCUAAGAUGAAAGUGGGUAAAGGUUUAAAGAAAGCUGGUGACGUUGAAUGUCAUGCACGUAGAUCAUGCAACAUUAAUGUUGAAAACAGAUAUAUCAAGGAGCCUAGGUACUCACCCAGUGUUGAUUCUGAUGUAUUCUGCUGUGUUUGUGGAAGCUCAAACAAAGAUGAAUUUAAUUGCUUAUUGGAGUGUAAUCAAUGUUCAAUCAGAGUGCAUCAAGCUUGCUAUGGCGUUUCAAAAGUACCAAAGGGCCACUGGUAUUGCAGACCAUGCAGAACAAGUUCUAAAGAUAUUGUUUGUGUUCUCUGUGGAUAUGGUGGUGGUGCCAUGACUCGAGCAUUGCGAAGUAGUGCAUUUGUAAAAGGCCUUUUUAAAGCUUGGAACAUUGAAUCAAAGUGUAGGCCCAAGAGUACAAGUUAUUCUACUGAAACUAUGCUGGAUGAUCAGAGUCUGGUUGUUGGUAAUGCAUUUUGUAACUUGCAAUGUAAAGAUCUUGGGCUGUCAAGAACUGCUGUCUGGAAAAUGGAUUUGCAGAAUCAAUGGGACAUUAUUCAGAACUCCCAUCGCCCUGUUAGCAAGUUAAAUUUGUAUAAUAGUGUAACAGCAGGGGUACUUGAUUCUACUGUGAAACAGUGGGUUCAUAUGGUCUGUGGGCUCUGGACUCCUGGAACACGUUGCCCAAAUGUCGAUACCAUGAGUGCUUUUGAUGUAUCUGGUGUUUCAUCUGCAAAUGAGAAUGUGGUUUGCUCUAUUUGUGAUCGACCAGGUGGCUCAUGUAUACAGUGCAGGGUUGUGGAUUGUUCAGUUCGGUUUCACCCUUGGUGUGCUCACCAAAAGGGUCUAUUACAAAGUGAGGUUGAAGGGGUUGAUAAUGAAAAAGUCGGUUUCUAUGGAAGAUGUAUGCUUCAUGCCUCAGACCCCACAUGUGAGUCUGGUAGUGAUGCCACCGGUGCUGAAUUGAGUUUUCCUAGCGAAGGGGAAUCAACCUGUGCUCGAACAGAGGGUUUCAAAGGCCGCAAACGAGAUGGCUUUUGGCAUAUCUAUGGUCAAUCAAGAAGAAAGAGUGGAUGCUUUGUUCCUCAAGAGCAGUUAAAUGCUUGGAUUCACAUAAAUGGGCAUAAGUCAUGCAUGCAGGGGCUUCCAAAGCUGCCAACAUCAGAUAUCGAAUAUGAUUGCCGGAAAGAAUAUGCCCGCUACAAGCAAGCAAAGGGUUGGAAGCAUUUGGUAGUUUACAAGUCUGGUAUACAUGCACUUGGUCUUUAUACAUCUCGAUUCAUUUCCCGUGGUGAAAUGGUGGUUGAGUAUGUUGGCGAGAUUGUGGGGCAACGUGUGGCUGACAAAAGAGAAAAUGAGUAUCAGUCUGGCAGAAAAGUUCAGUACAAAAGUGCAUGCUACUUCUUCAGGAUAGAUAAAGAGCAUAUCAUUGAUGCUACUCGCAAGGGAGGGAUUGCCCGUUUUGUCAACCAUUCAUGUCUGCCGAAUUGUGUUGCCAAAGUGAUUUCUGUGAGGAAUGAAAAGAAGGUUGUGUUUUUUGCAGAGAGAGACAUAUAUCCAGGAGAAGAGAUAACAUAUGACUACCAUUUUAACCAUGAGGAUGAAGGUAAGAAAAUACCUUGCUUUUGUAAUUCUACAAAUUGUAGGCGUUACCUCAACUGAUUGUAUUUGCAGACAUGUUACUUAAUUUUUUGUUGUUCUACUUGCAAUCUCAAAUGGGUUGUCAAAUUUUGUCCCCUUUGCGCUUUAAAUAUGAACUAGUAAUGGCUGGCCCCCAUGUAACAUGUUGCCGUGGAUGUAAAUUUUUCUUUUUUUUUUUUUUAAUCUAAAAAUCGAAAUAGAUAAAUAUUUUUAUUAUUUUUUAAACGCAUUAAUUUCUACUUAACAAAAGUUUUCCAUUUAUAUAGUAAAAGAUAAAAUGAUCAAUAUUGACAUGGUUUUCCAUUUUAAAAUGGUUAUUAGUGAUUCGCGAUCGAUAUUGUAUUUUAUUUGAGAUUUAAAAUUAUUCAAAGUAACAAUAAUAGGAAAUAAUUUUUUGAAAGUUAACAUACAAUUUGAUAAGUUUUCAACUAAUAUCCUUUUGGAAAAAUGUUUAGGAAAAAAAAAACGGUCAUCCACGGACGAAGUAAUCUACCAAACAGCUAGGAAAUGAAAUGAAUCAAUGCUUUUUCCAUGCAGCAAGUUCCAAUAAAGUGCGCU